GCAACCGGCGGCACAUUGCAAGGGAAGAGGCUCAGACCAGACCAAAACAUCGACGACGAUUCAUUCCUUCGCGCGAUGGAGUCCGGUGACUGGGAGAAUGUCAUGCAAUACGUUUCAGAGCCGCUGGAGACAGACAUCCUGCCGCACGGUGAGCCGAAGCCUGUCUCCGAGCUGGUCGCGCCGUUGUCCGCGCAGGUGCCUACGCCGCCGGACUCGCAGACGGCCACGCCGAGCAGCGAAGACCCCGCGGAGAGCACGAUCGUCUCCGUCUCAACGACCUUCUUCCCCGGAGCCAGCGUCGACCCUUUGCCCCCCGACCUCGUCCUGCUCUCCUCCGACACCGUCUUCUUCUACGUCCACACCCACCGCCUCCUCACCGCCUCGGAGAACGGCUUCCACUCGCUCCUCCCCGUCACGCCGCAGCAGCCCAGCAACGACGUCGGCCCCGUCCUCACCGUGCCCGAGCCCUCCGCCGUGCUCAACGUCCUCCUGCACACCAUCUACCACAUGUCCUGCGCCCACUACGCGCCGCCCUUCUCCGUCCUCGAGGCCGCCGUAGCCGCCAUGCAGACGUACGGCGUCCCGCUGCGCGCGCACAUCGCGCCGACGCUCCCGCUCUACCAGCACCUCCUCCUGCACGCGCCCCUCCUCCCGAUCGCGCUCUACGCGCUCGCCGCCCAGCACGACCUGUACGAGCUCGCCGUCGCGACGUCCGCGCACCUGCUCUCCUUCGCGCUGCCCUCGCUCACCGACGACCUCGCGCGCCGCAUCGGGCCCGUGUACCUCAAGCGCCUCUUCUUCCUCCACCUCGGCCGCGUCGACGCGCUCAAGCGCCUCCUGCUCCCCCCGCCCCAGCCGCACGGCCCGACCGCGUGGUGCGACGCCGUCGAGCAGAAGAAGCUGACGCGCGCGUGGGCGCUCGCGGCGGCGUACCUCGCGUGGGACGCGAGACCAGAUGUGUCGACCGCGACGAUCGAGUCGGCGCUGAAUCCGCUCGGGGAGCAGCUCACGUGCGAUCUCUGCCGCCUGGCGCUGAAGGAGAGGAUAAAAAGCCUGACCAUCCAGUGGUCGGUAGUCAAGAGGACCAUUUGA